AUGUCAAAUCAUCCAAUCUUCACAAUUGUAUUUUAUGGAAUUUCAAGUAUAUUAGAUGCAUUUGAUGGAUAUGCAGCAAGAAAAUUUAAUCAAGGUACAAGAUUUGGAGCAGUUUUAGAUAUGGUUACUGAUAGAUGCGCCACUUCAAGUUUAAUUGUCUACUUAUCUGUCAUAUAUCCUAAAUUUACCGUGGUAUGGCAAUUAUUAAUUAGUUUAGAUUUGGCUUCACAUUAUAUUCAUAUGUAUGCUAUGUUAUCAGCUGGAUCUUCUUCUCACAAAAAUGUUGAUCAAUCUCAAUCCAAAUUGUUAUCCUUAUAUUACACUAACAGAAAAGUUUUAUUUGUUGUAUGUGCAUUGAAUGAAUUAUUUUAUAUUGCUAUAUAUCUAUAUUAUCAUAAAUUUUUUUGGUUGGGAUUAAGUGUGGGUGCUUUUAGCGCUCCUAUUUGGUUGUUCAAACAAAUUGCUAAUGUUGUUCAAUUGAAGUCUGCUUCUUUGAUUCUUGCUAGAAUGGAUGUCGAAGAGCAUAAUAAAAAAUUAACGGUUGUUGAGGAAUUCAAGAAAGAUUAG